GAACUGCUAGAGAUGGGCAUGUGUUCCCUGGUCCUUGUCUUCCUUUUGGGGUUGUCAAAGUGGGUUUCGAUACUGAUGAUAAAUCAGAUUUCAAUGGUGGUAAAGAUGUAUUAAUCGAAUGCAUAAGUAUCAACAAAUCUCCGGAUAUGCCUGAUACUUAUGAAUUCGGAUAUACUACUCAUGGAAAAAUUACGGGGAUAUCCCAUUUGCAUGUUAGUGGAACGGGAGGUGAACCAAAAUAUGGAGUAAUAAGUCAAUUACCGAUGAUGGAUCGGCCCGAAGACAAUCUCAGACUAGAUAGCUAUUCGUCCGAAAGGUCAUUUGAGCAUUUCGAAGUUGGUUAUUUGAAAUUUGGAUUAAAGCGUUAUCAAAUCAUGGUUGAGUUAACUGCUAGUCGCAGAAAUGGUGUUCAUCGAUAUACUUUUCCACCAGCUGAAAAUAACGCAAAAGUUAUUCUUGAUUUGGGCCAUAUUUUAUCUUUUGGUUUGAGUGCCAGAUAUGAAAGUGCUGCAAUCACUUCUAUUUCUCACAACAAUGUAAAAGGAGUAGGUCGAUACAAAGGUGGUUGGAAUAGUGUUGGUCAAUAUAAAGUCUUUUUCUGUUCCCAAUUCAACGUCAAUACCACUAAUUACGAGACUUGGUGGAACAAUCGAAUUAACGAAAACACUUCAUCUUAUAUUGGCGUAUCUUUCGUUGAUAAAAUUGCUGACCAAGCAUGUGAAAGUGCUGAAAGCGAGGUACCAAAUUGGGAUUUUGAUAAGACAAAGGAGGAGGCUGUUAAGGCUUGGAAUAAAGAAUUAGGGAGGAUUUUCGUUUCAGGCGGAUCUAUAAAUGUUAUGGAAAGUUUUUAUAGUAAUUUAUAUAGAACCAUGAUUAUUCCAAGUGAUAGAACUGGUGAGAAUCCAGAUUGGGUGUCAUUCGAUAAAAAGGGUAAUCCUAUACCAUAUUAUGAAGAUUUUUAUACUUUGGCAGAAACAUAUUUAAAGAAUUUAGAUAUCAGUGGUAAAAUAGAUUGGGAAUUAGCAUAUAAUGCUCUUAUCAAAGAUGCGGAAAUAGAUCCAUGGGAAAAAGGCUUGUCUGAAGGUCGAUUAUAUUUAACGGAUUAUAAGAAAUAUGGUUAUAUUCCUUUCCCGGAUGAUGGAAAAACCGGAUACGCUAAUGCUCAAUGUAGUCGAACUUUGGAGUAUAGUGCCAAUGAUUAUAGUAUUAGCCUUGUUGCUAAAGGGUUAGGUAAAAUCGAUGACUUUAUAAAAUACAAAAAACGUGCAAGUAGUUGGGAGAAUUUAUGGUGCUCUGAUAAAAUUUAUGAUGGGGUUAAAGGAUUUAUCCUACCAAGAUAUAUUGACGGAUCAUUCAAUAUGGACUGGAAUGUUGAUAGAAAUUUUAAUGGAGGUUGGAAUACAUUUUAUGAGGGCACAUCAUGGGAGUAUAGUUUGGAUGUACCUUUUGAUGUAAAAAAGUUAAUAGAACUAUCGGGAGGUCCGAAACUUUUUGAAAUAAGACUUGACAAAACAUUCUCAGAUAAUACCUUUUUAGGAACUUACUAUAACAUAGGGAAUGAGCCUGACUUUUUUCAUACUUGUUUAUAUCAUUUUAUUGGAAAACAGUAUAAAAGUGUGGAAAUUAUUAGAAAGAUUAUGGACACUAAAUUCAGAAAUAGCAAUGAUGGGAUUCCAGGAAAUGAUGAUUCCGGAGCAAUGGGAAGUUGGUAUGCUUUCAACGUUCUUGGAUUAUUUCCAAUAGCUGGAACAGAUAUCUACUUGAUAAACUCACCACAAUUCGAAACGAUUACUAUAUAUCUUUCGAUAUCACCACCAAUAACAUUUAAUAUUAUAGCUCACAAUCUUAUAAACAUCCUUGAUGAUGAAUCAGACUCUGUAUCUAACCACUCUUCCAUAAAUCAUGUCGUUAUUGACGCUGUUUCUUCAAAUUCGGCUUCUCCUUCUUCAAUCGUAACCGAUAAUUCAAGACAAAUUUACAUCGUCAAUCUAUAUGUUCAGAGUGUUAAAUUAAAUGGCAUAAAAUGGGAAAAAACUUGGUUUAGACAUAGCGAUAUCUCAAAAGGCGCAGUAAUGGGAUUACAAAUGGGACCAAAACCAAGUAAAGUUUGGGGCGUUGUUGAUGAGGAAAUUGAAAAUAAAAAAGGCGUAGAAGAUAGAGUAGUGCCACCUAGUAUGAGUGACUACAAGACUGAUGUAGCAUCAAAUAGAAAAAAUAAAUUUAGCUUCAGAUGGGUGGAUUUUUCAAGAAAUAUUUUUUAA